UCUCUGUGUUUCUGUCUCUGCAGACAAGUACCGUUUUCUCGCUGUAUGCCUAUCCCAGGCAUGGCUUACGGUUGCACUCAGACAUGGCACUGCUACAUUACACCCUCGACUUCAACCUCUCUGCUGCAGCUGACUGUACUUCAACAGUGCGUGGUCUACAGUCCAUAUUUCAGGAGCAGGAAAUGACAGAAACUGUCCUUGAUACAGAGGGUCAUGGAUACCUCGCUUCUUUUGUUGGCAAGAAGGGCAGGUUUGUUAUUCUGCGUGUGCACUCCCAUGGUUUGAUUACCAUUGAUCUGCAGUGUUAUGAAGGGGAUAACACUGCGCAAAUAGACAAUCUUCUAAAUGCACUGGAGAAGAAAUUAAAAGGACUCCUACAAGGCAAUAUCAGGAGGAUCAAAAGGUUCCCAGCUCUCUCCCGUGGGGCAGCUGUUGAUCGGUACUGGCCCACAGCUGAUGGCAGACUAAUGGAGUAUGACAUAGAUCGAGUGGUGUAUGACAAAGAUUCUGCUUACCAAAAUAUUAAAAUUUUGCACUCUCAGCAAUUUGGAAACAUCUUGGUGCUUAAUGGAGACAUUAACCUGGCAGAGAGUGACUUGGCCUACACACAAGCCAUCAUGGGUAGUGGGCAAGAGGAUUAUGCUGGAAAGGAGGUUCUGAUAUUAGGAGGUGGUGAUGGAGGAAUCCUGGCUGAGACUGUCAAACUCAAACCAAAGAUGAUCACCAUGGUGGAAAUUGACCAAAUGGUGAUAGAUGGAUGCAGGAUGCAUAUGAGGAAGACUUGUGGCAACGCCCUUGACAACCUCAAAGGAGACUGUUAUGAGAUCCUAAUUGAGGACUGUGUUCCUGUGCUGAAGAAGUAUGUCCAGGAAGGGAAGAUGUUUGAUUAUGUCAUUAAUGACCUAACUGCUGUUCCAAUAUCCACAGCACCAGAAGAAGAUUCCACUUGGGCAUUCCUGCGUCUUAUCUUAGAUCUGUCAAUGAAAGUGUUGCAUCCCAGUGGGAAAUACUUCACACAGGGUAACAGCGCAAAUCUGUCCGAGGCACUGAGUCAGUAUGAGGAACAGCUUGGGAAACUCUCAUGUCCUGUGGACUACUCCAAAGAGGUGGUGUGUGUGCCCUCUUACUUGGAGCUCUGGGUGUUUUACACGGUGUGGAAGAAGUAGAAACCUCCUGAUCGCCGCUUCCCUGCCUGCUGGAAUGUGAAGGUUCUUCUCCUGCUGGGUCGCAAAGGGGAGAAGAUGGCACUGUUUUAUUAACCCCUCUGUCACGGUUUUUUUUUUUUCUUGCUACCCUCUUUGUAGGUGUUUGGUUUUACCAUUGUAUGCUGAAAGUUACCUGAUUGUAUUUUUGUCUCAUUUUUUGGGUUGGACUCUUUCUUUUUUGCAUGUGCUUUCAAGCAGGAAUUUUAGGACUGUUUGGAUUUGUUUCACAGAUUUGACACACUGAAAUGUAGAGUAACAACCGUCUUACCCCAAGCGCUUGUUCUCUUGGUAUUAUUUUACACUUCAAAUCUGAAUUAUACAGCUCAUUUAUGUGUGGUAAGUGAAUGCAUAUUCUCUGUCCACUUAAAACUGUUUGCUCGUUUGAGUGGUUUUUUUUUUUUAAGUAUUUUUUUUUUCCCGUUACUGUUGGUUGGGUGAUUUGAUUCUUGUUACUUUUCAGGAUAUCUUAAGGCAGCGUGACCCUGCCCAGCGGAACCGAAGAGCUCAAGUCCAAACGUGUUUUAAAAGGGAAAAGGAUCCUCACUUAUCAUGGCACACUUUUUGUGCUUUGUAUUGGUUUUUAUGUGAUGGUCUCUAUUGCUUAGCACCUUUUAGUUCUCCUGCUGGAUUUUUUUUUUUUACAUGUUCGGUUUUGAAUUUUCUGAAUCUGUAUUAGGUGGAUGUAAGGGAAAAUUAAUGUAGCUUGCGCAUACAGAGGGCACACACAUCGCUUUGAUCAUCAUAGUGGUGCUUUGUUACAUUUAUUUAUUCAGUUUUAGUUCACCGAAAGCUGUUUGAUCCUACUUAAGAAAAGUAACUUGUUAAACGGUGGUCAUCUGCAACUUCGAAUUUGCCGAGGGAUAGAUUUCUUGACUCAAAAAAUUAGUUGGGGAAAGAUAAUAUCCUAAAAUCACACACACUUGCAAUAACAUCACUGAAAGAUAAUUAUAGGUAUGAAUUUUAAACAUGAAAGCAAUAUUCGACACAACUGGAGCCACGUAGUUGGGGCAAGUUUUUGCUAUGGAUUGCGUAUUUCUGUAAAAUAGGUCUUUUCUGGUAAAAAAAUUAGCCAGGUUUUCAACACCACCACAGGGAUAGGACCAACUCGAAACAUCAGCUGGCACUGACUCACAAUCUUGCAUUUCGAAUGGGCGGGCAAGUAUGAGGAGAGGUUUUCCGCCAAGGGAGCACAAAUCUGCUCGAGGAACAGUUGAUAUGUGGACAGAUGGCGUCGAUGGGUCAUGUGAGUUAGGUCAUAAAAAUGCAAAUUACAAUACAUGAGCAAAAAUUGCAAUUAGAGUUCAGAAUAUACAGUUGCAUAUAUUGCCUUAAGUACUUGCAUGAAUGUGGGUAAUAUACCGAGGGAUAAAACUCUACUGUACCCUACAUAAACGCCUUGUAUGGCACAUCAUGAAUUUUCUAAACCUGAACCACAGUGUCGUACAAUACUGAAUAAUGAGGAAUCUUAAUGUCAGUGACUGCUGAUUAUGAACGUCAUGUCUCACCAUUCACUGGGCCAGUCCACCAGUCUGUCAAACACAGAGUAGGUUUGGUAAAACAAGCGACAGUGUGCCCAAUAGUCACUGUCUGCAAACCAGAUUCACAACAGUGUCGGUGUGUAUGAUGUUUUACUGACCACUGGGAGGACGAUCUCUGUUCAACUGGCCUCCCGAGCUUUGACUUCAGUGGGUAAUGUAACGCAUGGUUUCAGUUUGUCUCUCAUCACACUUUUGGAAAAACUCUGAUCGGGGGCUUAGAGAGCGGGAAUGGAGAAGGGGAUGUGUGUCUGGAGAUGUGAAUGACAGUUUGUAAUGUUUAUUUUAUUUUUUUUUAGUUUCUGCCCCUGAUGUCAGAAUUCCUCAGAAUCACCAGGCGGGGUGGGCCCAGCAGUGCAGCAGGGGUGGAAAUUUCAACUGAAAGAGUGCAGCACUAUGUUUUUUGUUUUUUUUUUUGUUUUUUUCCAAAUUGAAAGUGGUUUUACUUCAAGUCAUCUUGUCCAAUGUUGAAAUUAUGUCUGCUAUUGAUGUUUCUUAAGGUAGAGACGGCAUGUAGACAUAUCUACAGCCCAGUAAAAUCAGAUUUAGGGUUAACUUACACUUUAAAUAUGGAUUACAUUGCACCACAACAAUACCAUAAAUGAUGCAUUUCAUGAAGACUAUGAAAGCAGGCUUUUUGAAAAAUGUUUUCAAUAAAUAAGAUAUGAAGUUGUUUUGU